AUGGAAAUUGUUAUUGCAAUGUUUCAUACUAUUUAUAUGCGUCGAAUGGAACGAAGAAUAGAUGGUCAAGCUGUUCAACAGAUAGAUAGGCUUCAAAGAAGGCGCAGAAGGAUUCCAAGGUUUUUUCGUCCCAGAUCAGGACUUGAUGCACUUUCUGACAUUGACAUCAUCAGGCGUUUUAGAUUGAGUAGAGAAUCAAUUGAAAGGCUAUACAAUCAAAUAUCUGGUCAACUUGAACCCAUUACUUUUCGGACACAUGCUCUGCCCGGAAUGUUGAAGCUGUUGGCUGUUUUACAUUUUCUAGCAACUGGUUCCUUUCAAUCAGUUACUAGUGUAGUUGUUGGCAUGAGCCAGCCUUCUUUUUCACGCCACCUAACUACAGUGAUUGAUGCUCUUUUGUCAGUUUUCAAACGACUUGCUGGAAUCCCAAAUGUGUUGGGUGCAAUUGAUUGUACUCAUGUCAGAGUAAGGCCACCACAUCUAAAAGAAGAAAUGUAUCGCAACCGCAAGUUUUAUCAUUCUUUGAACAUCCAGAUGGUUUGUGAUGCUGGAGAUGCAGGAUAUUCCUGUAGGAACUGGCUACUUACUCCUGUAAAUAUUCCACGCACAAGAUCUGAAAUGCGGUACAAUGAUGCACACAAAACAACUCGAUGUGUGAUUGAGAGGACCUUUGGAAUGCUCAAAAGCCGUUUUCGUUGUCUAGAUGAAUCCGGAGGCACUCUUCAAUACGUUCCUGAGAAAGUGGCUGUUAUGGUGUUGGUCUGUUGCAUGUUGCAUAACAUCGCUUUGCGACAAUCAAACAUAGAGGAACUGGAAAUAAUAACACCAGAUGAAGAUGGUGUUGAAUCUGUUCCUCAAGAUGUAGUUGAAGGGGGUACACAUGCACGUAACCAGUUGAUACAAACUCAUUUCGUUAACUAG